AUGACGAUCAAUGGAAUUGAUGGCCUUUUCUCUGCAACAGAAGAUCCGACGCAGUUUUUCCUCAAUUGGGAGAUGAUCAAGAACGGCAAGCUUGCGACACUUAUGGCAGCCUGUACAUGGUUACUACCACUUGCAUCCGUCCUGUCUCCAGCCUCGCUAACAUCUGAGCUGAGAACAUUCAACAAUACUGCCAGUUGCUCUGUAGCUAACCUAAAUUUUACCCAGGAAGCUACAUACGACUUUCGGGACAUGAACAAGUUCUGUCAAAGGAGCCUAAACUUCUACAACACCACUGAGCCAGCCGAAGAGGAGCGAAGAGACGAAGAUCAUCUUCAAGCAACAGGAAGCUUCUUCGACUACUACGAUCAGCCGUCCAAGAACGCGCGCCGCUUGGCCUUCAGUAGCGUGUACAUGCAGAAGCCACAGCCUCGCGAAAAUGCGUCUACCGUGUUUUGCGGAUCAGGCUGGAAUUGUACAUACACAAUAAGCUUCGUGGGACCCGGCUACCAAUGCGAGGAUGUCGACGAUACUGGUGAAUCUGACGCGCCAUUCGCAUUGUCUGAACUGGCGCCGAACGGAAGCCUCAUAUACGCUGCAGACGUCGAUCAAGGUGACUACGGGUAUCAAGAUCCAGCGAAUGAUACAGCGUCUUUAGGCGUGUUCAAAAACGAACCAAACCUCUGGAUCGGUUACGCCAUCAAUACUUCCGAGCCUUACUCGCACGGUGCGGAACCGGAGUACAAGGCCAAAUGGGGAAACGUACAUGAACGAGAGUUCCUGCGUCCCGUCAUCGCCGACCAUCCCAUCGAGCCCCAGAAUAACGUUGAAGAAUACAAAGUAACAGCGUCCUUCCAUACUCUCGGUUCACUCCUCCGACGUUUCCUGCGUGGAAAAAUCGAACAGCAAAAGAUCCUCAUUACGUAUUCAGACCUAUCUGAGACACGUUUAGUCAACAGCAGCACCUCGUACCCGUUGGUGAACCUGAAGACAGGCUUAAUAGAGAUACAGGACCUUUUCGAAAACAUACUCAUCACUCUUCUCAACGACCCGAAUCUAGUCGUGGUCCAGACUCAAGAAGUGCCUUGCAUGAAAUCACGAACCAUGAUGGUGUACGUGUAUUACAAGCACUCCCUCUGGAUCGGUUACGCAAUUGUCAUUGCAAUCACGUUCGCCUUCAUCCUGGUCGGCGCAUGGUCGCUCCACAUGAACGGAGUAGCUUCGGAUGUGCUCUUUUCUCGCAUUAUGGCUACCACCCGUAAUCCUACGCUGGAUCAUUUGAGCAUUGGGGCGUGUUUGGGUGGGGAUCCUUUUCCCAAGGAGCUGGCGAAGACGAAGUUACGCUUUGGCGUCCUCCUGGAAGAUGAUCCUAGGGAAGGACCUUUGGGCAAAGUGGAGCAUUGCUGCUUUGGCACUAUGGGCGAAACGAAGGAGAUUGUCAAAGGUGGCACGUAUGCCGGACUGAAGGAGUAUAGGGUCGAUGCAUGA